AUGCGUUUCUCUGUCACCACUCUCGUCGCUGCCUUUGCGGCCGUCGCUUCCGCCUAUACCACACCUGACUACUCCAAGCCGCCUCAAGGCAACCCUGUUCGCUCCCCCAGCCUCAACCAGGUGGUCCCCGAGGGCAAGCCCUUCACCAUCAAGUGGGAUGCUACCCUGGGCAACACCGUGUCGAUCGUCCUGCUGCGCGGCCCCUCCAACAACGUGCAGCCGCUCGAGACCCUUGCAGAGAGCAUCCCCAACACCGGCUCUUACAUGUGGACCCCUUCCACCUCAUUGACCCCUGAUGUCACCCACUACGGUCUUCUCAUCGUCGUCGAGGAUGCGGGCGCCCACCACGGUGCCUACCAGUGGUCCACCCAGUUCGGUAUCUCCGGCGUCGAUGGUGCCACCACGGCCGCCGUCACCACUUCCAAGGUCUCCCAGACUGUGACUUCGACCUCGUCCUUGACCCACACCGUCAUCGCGACAACCAGCUCUGUCCAGACUACCGUGGAGUCUGCCACCAGCGCCGUUUCGGGCUCUGACACUACCGUCGUGGUUGUGCCUACGACCACCACUGCCACCUUCGCUACCACUCAAGUCUGGGUUCCCACGGGGGCCACCACUCUGGCCAGCAGCACCGCCGUCGCACCCUCCGGCGCUGCUUCCACCAGCGUCACUGUCACUCCUUCUCCCACCCCAGCCUACAACGCCGCUGGCCGCACCGUCAUCUCCUUCGGUGCCGUUGUGGCCGGUCUCGUUGCUUUCAUGGCUCUGUAA